AUGAAAAGGGAAGUAAGUCCCUGGAGAGAAGAAGAUCUCCCAAGACAGGCAGAAAACUCCUUCACGGCUUUGGACGUGAGGGUGACGAGGAGGAGAUUGACGAUGGAGGAGGUUGAGAUGGAGAAGGUUUUGAUGUCGGUGAGGGACAGGAUGAGUUGGCGUGAGGUUGGAGGAAGUCAGCCACCAGCGCUUGGCAGUGUGGCACUGUGGGCAGCGUGGGACCAAAAUGAGGCAACCGCCAGUCUUGACACAAGGCGCGGAUUCUCCCCGUACGGUAAUAUCACGCCUGCUCUGGUCGGUCGGUCGGUUACUGGUCAAUCCGUCGAUGCCCAACAGCUCGCUUGGGCCAGGGCUGCAGCCGGCCGUGGCCGCGACGCCCAAAUGGCAAAAUGA